GUGGGGGUUGGGGGGAGGGGAGACUGUGGCGAGAGUGUGGAAGUGGCGCUGCCCUGCCCUUGGCUUGGGCUUGGGCGUGGCAUGCCACAGAUAUAGUUGAACCGCGGCAUCUUUUUUGCACUGGAGGUUGUUGGGCGUGGCGGACAGAUUGUCGUGUCGUGAAGGAGGGUCGAAUUAAUUGAAUUAAUCCACCACCGUUCCAUCCUGGUGGUCUUGGGAGAUUCCCGAGGACGACCGGGGGAUCGGGGAGAGAGGGGACUGACUCAUCUCCAUUUUUGUAGGGUUCUGACUCUCUCGUGGCUUUGUGUUUGCGGGUCUAGGAGCAGGGUGGUUUCCGAGCCGGCGAUAGAGGCGCACAGAGCUAGAACGUGUGGCAAGGUGUUAGGAAAAGGAAGCAGGGACCGAAAGUGUGAUGUGCGGUGAGAGGGUUUUGGAAUUGUGCGGACAGAGGCGAUUGGAAUACCUGGAGAUUGAUCUUCUUGCUGCGGUGCUGAACAAGGCUUAGGUGAAGGUCUUUCCAAUUGAGGAGGAUGAUGUCCUCAUCGUCUAAUACGACUAAGUGGAUGUCGUAUCUGGAGGAGGGUUUGCUGGCAGAAGAGGAGGUCCAGCCUACUAAUCCCUUCUUCUGGUGCUCCAGCCAGCACCCUGUCGAGCAAGUCGAUUGCAGUAUCGAUAAUGAAUGUUCGAAGGGAGGUCCAGAUGUGCCCGAAAGAAGUUUUUCCCGAAAGAGGUCUCGAGAAGAGAUUAGUGGUGGUGCUGGCAACAAAGCAUGUCGUGAAAAGAUGCGCCGUGAUCGCCUCAAUGAUAGAUUCUUGGAAUUGGGUGCGAUAUUGGAACCAGGCCGACCGCCUAAGACUGACAAAGCCACUAUCUUAAGUGAUGCUGUUCGUAUCUUGACUCAGCUUCGAGCUGAGGCUCAAGGGCUUACAGAAUCCAACAAUCAACUGAGAGAAACAAUCAAGGAUUUGAAGAAUGAGAAGAAUGAACUGCGUGAGGAGAAGUCACGAUUGAAGGCUGACAAGGAAAGAUUAGAGCUGCAAGUGAAGGCAAUGACCAUUCCCACCAGAUACAUGCCUCAUCCUGCAGCUAUUCAUGCAGCAGCUGCUGCCUUCUCAGCACAGGCACAAGCUGUAUCAACCAAAGCUGCGCAAAUGGCUGGUUAUUCUGGCAUGGCCAUGUGGCAAUGGAUGUCGCCUGCUGCUGUGGAUACUUCGCAAGAUCAUGUCCUGAGGCCUCCAGUGGCCUAGAGCUAUUCAAUUCUGCUUUUUUAAUCUCAGUCUUUACAGUAGGAGGGUCGAUCUUCUCAAUCCAUAGUCAUGUGUAAAUUAUGUUGAAAGGACAUUUAUUUGAUUUUGGAAACUGGUGUUAGAUUUCUCACCUCUUCAAAUGAGUAAAACAGCAAUUUCCUCUUAGGACUCUGAGUAACACCAUCUGCUAUGGUGCUCGAAAAGCUGCGUGAUCUAGUUGCUGUUCCUCCAGACGUCCUUGUAUUUCAUAAUUGAUAUGUUUCAACUGACGAACUCUCCUCACAAAUGUUUCUGUGAAGGGUAUAAAAGUUAGUUGACCUA